UUUUCGACCAGAAUGUUCGUUGUCACCAUGGACCUCGUGAAUGUUUAGGCAACAGAUUACUUUCUUGUAUAUUAAAUAUUUAUAAAUGGGAUAGAAAAAGGAGGGAUGUUAUUUUGUAUUGUUUUAUGAAACAAAUGAUGAUUGUUGGGAGUGAUCCAAUGAUUGAAAUGAAAAAUUGUUUGGUACAAGUUUGGGCAAAUGAAAUAAUGAUUGAGGAAAUUAGAAGAUGCGCAGAUGGCUCUCAAUCUUUUAAAUUUCAAUUAGAAGAUGAACACAAUACAAACCAAAUUUUAACUCAAAAGCCUCGUUUUGUGCCAUUUUUGUCAUUUAAUGAUUUUAGCCAUAUACAAAUACAAUCUUCUCUGCAAUUAUUUUUUGUUGAAAAAAUGAGGCAUUGGAAUAAAACAAUUGAAGGAAAUAAUGGGAAUAAUCAACUUCAAAAUAUAGACAACGAAACAAAUGAAAGAAUUAGCAGAACAACAAAAUUUAAUUCAAAAGAAUGUAAUUUUCCUCCAGAAUUUUGGUGUAUUAACGAAAAAAUAACUUUGGAAUGUUUUAAUAAAGAAUUAUGUAAUCAACAAAAUUUAAUUAAUUAUGGCCGUCCUUUAAAUUUUAAAAUAAUUUUUAAUUCAAAAUUUGAAGAAUCUAGAAAUUAUUUAAUUAAAUAUAUUUUAAAUAAUUUAUUAAAUAAAAAUACUUUAAAAUAUAAAUUAAAUUUUGGGAAAAUGUUUGUUGAAUUAGAACCUUCAUUUUUAACAAAUCAAGAAUUGGAAGAAUGUGGAUUUUCUGAAUGGUGUGCUCAAAGAAUUUUGGAGAUUUGUAUUGCUGGAAGUGUUGCAGAUAUUAAUCAAAAAAAUAAUUUAUUACUUUGUUUAAACACAAGAUAUGAACAAAUUAAUUUGAAUUGGAUAAAUGAAUGUCUUUUUACGAGUGAAGUAGAGCGGCAGUCAAUAAUAAACUGUGCACAAAAUUCACAAAUUUGGCAAACAUAUAAUUCAAAAUUACGAAUCCAACAAACCCAACCAUUUCUUGGACCCGAACCAAUAAAAAAUAAUUUAUGGAUAUUAAUUAAUAAUUAUAGUUUAUCUACAAUACAAAAUUAUAUUUAUAUUUUAGAACAAAUGGUUUGCCUUUGGUAUAAUGGGCCUGGACAUAAUAGAGAUAAUUGUGGAAGAUGUGAAUAUGAACCUUCACGUUGCAAAAUUAAUUAAAAAAUAAAUAGAUAUAUUUUAUUGCCAUUUAAAGAUUAUUUUAGUAAAUUAUGUAUUGUUUCUCUGUUAUUAUAUAUAAGGAGGUAUUAUUCUAUUAAUUUCGGUUUGACAUUUUCAGCCCUUGUCCAAUUUAUUAGACUUCUUUUUAUUGAAC